AUGGAUCCUGUCUCAAAGCGACUUCUGAAGGAACUGGCGGACUGCCGUCGCAGCCUGGCCUCGCAGCAGCCCGCACCAGAGAUGGAGCUGAUUGCCGAGCUCGGCCCCAUCGACGACGAGGAUCUGUUUGCCUGGAAAGCUGUCCUGAAUGGGCCUCUCGAUUCUCCAUACCAGGGCGGCCAGUUUGAGGUUCUCUUCCAUAUCCCGCCCCAGUAUCCGAUACAUCCGCCCUCGGCCAAGUUCACAACGACCAUAUGCCACCCAAACGUCCACUUCAAGGCAAGAGAAAUCUGUCUCGACAUCCUGAAAGACGCCUGGAGUCCGACGUGGACGAUUGCCUCGACCUGCGUGGCCAUCGGCGUCCUUUUGACGUCCCCCGAGCCCAACAGCCCGCUGAACUGCGACGCCGCAAAUCUCCUGCGGUGCGGCGAUACCCGAGGAUACAACUCGCUUGUGCGCAUGUACACUCUGCUGCAUGCCAUGCCGAGGUCAUGA